CACUCCCUUGCAUGGAAUUUAGUUUUAUAGUACAGAGAGAGAUUUUCAAUGUAUACACUUUGAGCUAUUGUAGUUUUUUUUUUUCUUCUGCGAGGGUAUUCUUUAUUUUUUAAUUUAUAAUGGCAGCAAGUCUUUUUGUAGCAAUGAUACUGUACUUGUCAAUGGGAGAGGCCAAGCCGUACAGGCCAGUCCAUUACGGUGACUACACAACUGAUAUUAUUCAGCACCGCAAGCAGGGGAAACCUACCAGCGUACACAAGAAUCACUGCGCUUAUGUGAUUGAAAAGACGAUGUCCUUCACUGUUCAGGACGGUGCGGCCCCGUAUGUUAAAGCUGAGUACAACAAGUGUUCCUGGCAUAAAAAAUGUCCAACUCUUCUAUAUCGCCUAAUCUAUAAACCAAUCUAUAAGGUGGCGCAUAAAACCAUCACAGAACUCGAGUGGCGCUGUUGUCCGGGGUAUUCGGGCUACGGCUGCAUGGACGGGCCCCCAUCUUUCCAGCAUCCAAUGAAAAGCAUGCCACCGUUUAAAAGCCCACAGUUCAUGGGACCACCAUACAAAGGUCCCAUGUUCAAGGGCCCUUCUGUCGAAACCGAGCCAUGGAAUCAACCCAAAGGACAACCAACCAGCCGUUUCAACCCGUACCCAAUGCAUCACUCUGGACCCGUAAGGUCAUCCAGCUAUCCAGGCGCCUCUUUUGAGCCUUAUCCGGAUGCACCCGAACCUGUACCGGACCAUAAGGAGGAACACGGUGCACAGCAUGAAGAACAUGAGCCGAGACAAAGACCAGAGGAGCAUAUCCCAGAAGAAACCUUUCCUCCUACCGAUGGACGACAAGCUGAGGGCCGUGCUCUACAAAGUGAGACAGAGGAACGCCUAUAUCGAAUGGAGGAGGAUGUACAACGUCUAAACCGGGGAUUGGAGACCCUGAGAGGAACCGUGAAUGGCUUGGAAGAAAGCCUCAGAGCCUCACUAAGAGAAGAUGCCAACAGGAUGUUGUCAGCUCUGCUGUCGGCUGCCCCUAGCCCUCUUUCUGCCCCCGCUGUAGCCUCCAGCCCCUCCACGGUAGGCUUUGUUGAGAUUCCUGGGGGGGAUCCUGAGGCAGUCGGCCUGGAUGACCAACAUGUGUUUCCAGGACUUAGCAAACUAGAUGGAAGAAUAGAAGAGCUCAGCACGGAACUACGAGCAAAAACAGCCGAGCUUCAGGAGCUGAAAGCCACAGUCAUGACACAUGACGGAGCACUGAAGAAGAUAUCUAUUAGAGAGGGCGUGGUAUCGGACUCUGCACAUCUUGAGGGCCAAGACCAAGAACCUACAGAGCAGUUAUUGGAUGCGAAAUUGAGUACGGCAAGGACAGACAUUUUGGAAGGGGUUGAAAAGCACGUGGAGAAUGCAGAGGGUCGAUGUGAAGAGAUAGCAGAAGAUGCCCGUCGACAGUGUCAGAAGAAGCAAGGUGAGACCAAGGAACUAAUGGAAGAUACUCUGGCAAAAAGCACAGCUGACUUGAGGGCAGAGCUCAGAAGGCUCCAAGCAGACGUUCGACACUUAAACACAGAAGAAAGCUGUUGCGUUACAAUGAGAGGACUCGGUGAAAGGGUGGAGUUUGUGGAAACCUCCGUGGUUGGGCUCAAUCAGUCCCAGAAGCACCUAAGAGUGGAGUUGGGAGCGCAUAAAGACCACAUAGAGGGGAUGCUGGAAGGGCGUCUAAAAUAUGUUGAGACUAAACUCAACCUGACCGGGGAACUUAAAGAACCCGGAAGGAGAAGUGUCUCGGAUAAAGCCGAAACGGGACAAGGACUUGAAGCCAGAAUGGACGACAAGUUAAGAGAACUGGAGGGACGUCUAUUGAUGGCUUUGGAGGAACUGGGUAAUGCCACUGCCCCUGCGCUCUUGGAGGGGCAUGCUGUUCCAACCUUGGAGACGGAGCUGGAGUCCCUUCGGGGGAGACUCGAAAUGGAUGUGGACAGAGUGCAAAAACAUCUCAGCAACCUUGAGAUUCUCUGCUCAACCUCAUGUUCCUCCCCUAAGAACCCCACAGCCAUCCAAAUGGGGGACUCUGUUGUUGUCGGCACAGCGGAGGACCAGAAUGCAGUGGCCUUACUAGAAAAGCAUGGUGAACGUUUGAACAGCUUCAACGUCACACUGCAGGACAUCAUGAGGCGUUUAACCGACAAAGAAGACCAACAAACGGAAGCGGGUGAGCUCGCUGUGCUCAAGUUGAAUGUCUACUCGGUGAAUCGCACGCUAAGAGGCCUUCAGGACUCACUGGGGACGGUACUCAACCAGGUGGGUCGAGUCAACGGCUCCUGGAAUGAGAGAGAGUCACGUCUGUCCCAACAGAUGAAGGGUGUGGUCCAGUUGGUUGGACAUCAGGCUUCCAUGCUUGGGGCUGGUGAGCGUAAACUGACACGACUUAAGGCGGAGAUACAGGAGAUGAAGAGGCGGCUCGCCGAGGAAGUCAGAGGUUGCCGGAGCACAGCCAUGGGGGUACAAAAAGAAGUAACAGAGGUCGGUGGACGUGUUGCUAACGUUGAAGACCAGUGUAAAGGCCUUCAUUAUUUAGCCGAAGAUCUGGACAGAAUAAGAGAAGAGUUGGAGAGACAAUCGAGCGGGUUUCUACUGCAAUUUAACGGAACUCUAUCCAGCCAUUCCCAGCAGUUGUCUGAGCUGAAAGACGAAAUCCGAAACUGCACCACAAAGGUAGAGUCAGCACAACAGAGUCUAGGGUUUGAUUCCGAGUCACAACGAGGGGACACUUUCACUUCAAAGUAGAUCUCUUCAUAAGGUAUUAAAACAGGACUAGAGAAUAAAGGUUUUCCAACAAUAAAGGUUUGAUACCUGCACUGACAUACACUGACGUUUUAAAUGCUGCAUACUAUUGGAUACAGCAAACUCUGACUGCACUCUUACUAUUGUGAAAAAAAACUUUACUUGACUCACAAAGGUGCUAAGAACUGUUGUUGUAUUGUUGUCUACCAUCUUUUUGAACUACAGCAAAGUGCAUCUGUGUUACUGCGCUGUUUACAUGCAUUAAAACCCAUAAUCUGUAUUUAAAUGUUAUUUAAAAUGUUUACAUGAUGUUCUAGUUUUUAUACUUUCUUAUGUCUAGACUACAAAAAUACAUACUGAUGUUUUUUUUACUAAUAUUACUGGAUGUAUAAUGCCGCUCAUU